AUGCCUUCUUCAGCUACGUCCUUCAUUACUCUCCUUCUUUUGUUUUCUCUAAUAGCAGAACUUACCCCAUCUUCAUAUUCUCAGCGGCCGUUAUCAUCGAUUGUUGAUGCUGAGCAACCACGGACUUAUAUUGUUCAUGUCUUCAAAUCCGAUAAGCCUUCCAACUUUGCUUCACACCAUGAAUGGUAUCACUCAACUCUCCAAUCUCUUCCUCCUUCUCCCCAUCCUCAGAGAAUUCUUUAUACGUACACAAAUGUCGUUAAUGGAUUUGCUGCUCGACUAACACCUUCUCAAGCCAAUCAUCUUCGAAGUUUUCCAGGAAUCAUCUCGAUUCUUCCGGAGAGAAUUCACCAAGUGCACACAACUCGUACUCCACUCUUUCUUGGUUUGUCCAAUGAUUUUGGUCUUUGGCCUAUAUCAAACUAUGCUGAUGAUGUUAUCAUUGGUGUCCUCGAUACUGGAAUCUGGCCAGAACGCCAAAGUUUUAGUGACACUGGCCUAUCUCCUGUGCCUGCUAGAUGGAAUGGUACUUGUGAGACUGGCUCUGAUUUCCCAGAAAAGUCUUGCAACAGAAAGAUAAUUGGUGCUAGGUCAUAUUAUGAAGGAGCUGAAGCCGAAAUUGGUCAAAUGGUAAAUGAAACUGGUAUCGAUUCAAGAUCUCCGAGAGAUACGCAAGGACAUGGUACACAUACUUCGUCGACUGCAGCUGGAUCUCCAGUCAAGAAUGCCAGUUUGUUUCAAUAUGCGGUUGGGGAAGCAAAAGGUAUUGCGACGAGGGCUAGAAUUGCUGUUUACAAGAUAUGCUGGGCUGAUGGUUGCUUUGAUUCGGAUAUUCUAGCUGCCUUUGAUCAGGCUGUCGCAGAUGGUGUCGAUGUGAUAUCAUUAUCUGUUGGCAUGGGUUUCAAUCAGGAAUACAAUGAAGAUUCGAUUGCAAUUGGAGCUUUUGGUGCUAUGGAAAAAGGAAUACUCGUUUCAUGUUCUGCAGGAAAUGAUGGUCCGUCUCCGCGCACUGCUGGUAAUCUUGCCCCAUGGUUGCUAACUGUUGCAGCGUCCACGCUUGACAGGGAAUUUCCGGCAGAUGUAAUUUUAGGUGAUGGUAGGGUUAUUAAUGGUGUUUCAUUAUAUUCUGGAGAACCACUUCCACAAGGAGACAUAGAAUUAUUCUACGCCGUUGAUGCUGAUAACCAAUUCUGCAUUGAAGGACUGUUCAACUCUAGCACUAUCUUGGCUGGAAAGAUCAUUGUUUGCGAAUUGGCAUAUAAUGAUGGAGGAUCAGCAGUGAAGAUUGCUGGUGGUAUUGGAAUGAUUGUCGUCAAAAAUCAAGAAUAUGGAAAAGGACUGACGUCUUCACCAUAUCUAAUUCCAGCAGCACAAGUGAGUUACGAGGACGGAGCCAAGAUACUGGAAUAUAUCAAAUUACAAGAAAACGCGACAGCUACUAUCAAUUUUCUUGGAACCGUAAAGGGUGGUUCGACAUCCGCUCCAAAGGUUGCUUCAUUUUCAAGCCGUGGUCCAAACUAUCUAACACCUGAGAUACUGAAACCGGAUAUCACCGCACCUGGUGUUAACAUCUUGGCCGCUUGGAGUGGAGCAACUUCCCCGAUCAACGCGGACCUCGAUCCAACUCGAGUUGAGUUCAAUAUAAUUUCUGGUACCUCCAUGUCAUGCCCUCACGUCAGCGGGGUGGCUGCUUUGCUCCGAAAUGCUUUCCCUAAAUGGACACCAGCAGCAAUUAAGUCAGCUCUUAUGACUACAGCAUAUAAUGUGGAUAAUUCCCGUAAGAACAUUACUGAUCUUGCCACUGGUCUGGAUUCAACACCGUUCCUUAUCGGUGCAGGACAUGUUGAUCCGAACCGAGCCCUUCAUCCGGGUUUGGUAUAUGACCUCGGGCCGAGUGAUUAUGUAGCCUUCCUCUGCUCCAUUGGCUAUGAUUCUUCACAAUUGUCAGUUUUAGUCAAGGACAGGAAAGUUGAUUGUGGUUCAAUUGGAUUGUCGAGCCCUGGUGACUUGAACUACCCGUCAUUUUCUGUGGUUUUUGAAUCCGGCAGUAACACUACAGUAAUGUACAAGAGGUCUGUGAAGAACGUUGAACUGAUUGGAUCUGCAAUUUAUAAGCAUAUCGUUAAAGUUCCUGCAUCAGUUAAAAUCAAUGUCUCGCCAAGUAUGCUUAUUUUCAGCAGCGAAAACCGCACCCUUUCUUAUGAAAUUUCAUUCUCAAGUCUCAUUAAAGAAGGAGUUGACGCAGUUCCUGGCGAACCAGAGUUUGGGUACAUUGAAUGGCGUGAUGGAGUUCAUGUCGUCAGGAGUCCUAUCGUGUUCACAUGGAAUGCUGAUCCUACAAGUAGUGUGAUUGCGUAAAUGUAACAAGAAUGAUCAGUUAGUAAUACGCCAUAUUAAUCAUUGAGUAACAAAGUUUAUGCUUGUUCCAGAUAUAAUAGUAUGACUUUUAUAUUUACAGAAAUGCUACGUACCGAUCUUGGAUAUAUUAA